AUGCAUCCAGACCUGUCUCCUCAUCUACACACUGAAGAAUGUAACCUAGUUAUCAGUCUGCUCAAGAAGUGUCACAAGGAG